UUAGUGAGAGACCAUUGAAAUCCCUGCACCCCUUCAAUUUCUUUGCCGGCGCUGCGGAAAAGGGUGACAUGAGCCUCCUCUUUAAAACUUGAGCACCUCAAAAUCAAUUUUCUUGCAAUGUCACUGGAAAAGUGACUUUUCGUAUUCUAUGCUGCAAUAUUUAAGUUUUGGAAAAAGAAAAAUAGAAGAAAGCCCCAAACCCUUUUGCGAUGUCUAGAAGAUCAAACGAAACGCCAUCAUUUUUCAAGGUUCUCAGCGACGUGGAUUACAUUAAGCUACUGCGUUUGCCGCCUAAUUUCUUGAGAAAAUAUGAGUUAACUCUGCCAGAAAAUGUGAAGCUGAGAGGGGAUGAUUCGGGAAGAAGAUGGAAUGUGAAAGUGGAGCGAAUGGAUAAUGGGUUGUUUUGCUUCACGAAUGGGUGGGAAAAGUUUGUGGAAGAUGCCGCUCUCAAGUUAGGAGAGUUUCUGGUAUUCUCAUUGCUUGGGAAAUCGGAGUUGAAUGUUGUCAUCUAUGAAACAAGCUGUUGUCAAAGGGAGAUUCCACUGCUUCAAUUCAAUGCUCAAGAUGUUGAGGAGAGUGGAAAAAGAGGAGGAAAAGCGCUCAAAAGAAAUUGUUUUAUCAAAGAGGGCAACUCACUCUACUUUGAAAAUGAUUUGAAGCCGUAUAACAAAAGAAGAAUGCAUCUUCCACGAAAAUUCUCAACGGCGGCAAAUCUGAAGGAGAAAAAGCAAGUAAGGGUGGAGUAUGUAGGCAAGCGCCAUGGUUUAUGUGUUGCGUUGUAUCAUCACCCGCGGAAGCCUAGGAUUGACCUAGGAAAGGGCUGGCAUGAGUUCUCGGAGGCGAAUGGCUUAGUGGUGGGGAAAAUCUACUCUUUUGAGUUCAAUCCCGACGAUCAAGUCAUCUAUGUCAACCAAGUAGCUUCUUAAUCACAUAAGCAUACUACUAAGUCUAUCAAAUGUUUUGAAUAUGGAUCUUCUUUUUUGUAUAUUGAUGGCUAGCUGAUCUCCGUUGUUGUGAUUUAUGGACUGAAACUAGAAAUUUUCAUUCUCAGAUAAUCGUACGUCUGUGUUUCACAACGUUAAAGUGUCCCUACAUAUAUAUACUAAAUAUUGUUUUCUAUGUUUUAAUGUACAUGUCGGAGUGAUUUGA